AUGAAAACAUUCACUCUACUACCUCUUGCUGCUCUCGUGGCCAUCUCAGCCUUAGCCCCCUCCUACGCCGUUAUCUACGCCGCCAGCAACAGCGCGAUAGGCACGCCCGGCGGCGACCGCUUCCAGCAGCAAGUCGGGCUCGACUACGCCCUCGACGUCCUGGAAAAAGGGUCGUCCUCCUUUUGGUACGCGUUCGCUCAACGGAACGAAACCGACAGGAAAAAUGUUACGGAGAUAACCGUAACGAUUACCCAGAGCAUGAUCGGUAUAUCCGACAACGUCAACGGUGACAUCCGCGUAAACUCCAAGUACAUUGGAAACUUUUCCGGUGACGUUAAGGAAGAGUUCACCGGCAUUGUGUACUACGAACUUGCACGCGCUUUGCAAUGGGACGGGCAGGGGCAGGCCCCUGCCGGGUUGUUGACGGGCGUGGCGGAUUUCUUCCGGUUGAAAGCCGGAUACGCGCCGAAACAGUGGGUGAGGUUUGGCGAAGGGAUGCGGUGGGACGAGGGUUUCGACGUGACCGCUCGGUUUCUUGAGUACUGCGACGCUGAGUACGAAGGGGUGGUGGUAUUUCUGAAUUCUUGGAUGAAGUUUGGAUAUAGUGCUAAUGUUUUCGGAGAAUGCCCUUUUAUGUUGCGUGUGUGUUUGAACUUGUACGUUUAUGUUGUUUGUACCGAGGAUAUCAGAUUGUGA